AUGGCAACAAAUACUACUACUACGACAACGCCUUCUACUCCAAUUGAUUUUUCUAUAACCGGUGAAACAAUUCAAUUUGGAAAUAAUGAAAAAGAUAUUUUAGCUUAUUGGAAACAAAUCAAUGCAUUUGAAACAAGUAAUAAAUUAUCGAAAGAUCGACCAAGAUAUACAUUCUACGAUGGACCACCUUUUGCUACUGGUCUUCCACAUUAUGGACACAUCUUAGCUGGUACAAUUAAAGAUACAGUUACUCGAUGGGCUUAUCAAACAGGACAUUAUGUUGAACGUCGAUUUGGUUGGGAUUGUCAUGGUUUACCUGUGGAAUAUGAAAUUGAUAAAACACUUGGUAUUAAAGGUCCUGAAGAUGUAGCUAAAAUGGGUAUUGCUACUUAUAAUGAUCAUUGUCGAAAAAUUGUUAUGCGAUAUGCUGGUGAAUGGGAAGAAAUUGUUGAACGUAUGGGUCGAUGGAUUGAUUUUCGUCGAGAUUAUAAAACAAUGUAUCCAUGGUUUAUGGAAUCCGUUUGGUUUAUUUUUAAACAAUUAUAUGAAAAAGGUUUUGUCUAUCGUGGUUUUAAAGUAAUGCCAUACUCAAUGGGUUGUUGUACUCCAUUAUCAAAUUUUGAAGCUGGACAAAAUUAUAAAGAUGUCGAUGAUCCAGCUGUUUGGGUAUCAUUUCCACUUACACUUGAUCCAACAGUUAAACUUGUUGCAUGGACAACAACACCAUGGACAUUACCAUCGAAUCUUGCACUUUGUGUUAAUCCAAAUUCUAAUUACGUGAAAAUUCUUGAUAAAGCUAAGAAUGAAGUUUUUAUUUUAAUGGAAAAACGUGUAGCUGAUCUUUAUAAAAAACCUGAUGCAUAUCAAGUAUUAGAAACUUUCAAAGGAUCUACUUUAAAAGGAAUGCAUUAUACACCAUUAUUUCCAUAUUUUGCUAAUAUUUCAACAGCUUUUCGUGUGUUAUGUGAUGAUUAUGUAACAGAAGAAAGUGGUACUGGUAUUGUUCAUCAAGCUCCAUAUUUUGGAGAAGAUGAUUAUCGUGUUUGUUUGGCAAAUGGUGUUUUUAAUAAAGAUAGUGGACCUGUUGUUUGUCCAAUUGAUGCUCAAUGUCGAUUUACUGAUGAAGUUAAAGAUUUUCAAGGAUUAAAUGUAAAAGAAGCUGAUAAAGUAAUUAUUAAACAUUUAAAAGAAGCUAAACGACUUGUUCAUCAAUCUGUAAUGAAACAUUCAUAUCCAUUCUGUUGGAGAAGUGAUACACCAUUAAUUUAUCGUGCUGUUCCAUCUUGGUUUAUUCGUGUUGAAGGAAUGGUUGAUCGAUUAUUAGCUAAUAAUAGUAAAGCAUAUUGGGUACCUGAUUUUGUUAAAGAAAAACGUUUUGCUAAUUGGCUUCGUGAUGCACGUGAUUGGGCUAUUUCACGUAAUCGUUAUUGGGGUAAUCCAAUGCCAUUAUGGAUGAGUGAAGAUGGACAAGAAAUUGUUUGUGUUGGUUCAAUUGAAGAAUUAAAAGAACUAUCCGGUGUUUCGGUUGAUGAUAUUCAUCGAGAAUUUGUUGAUGAUAUUACAAUUCCAUCACGAUUAGGUAAAGGUGUAUUACGACGUAUCCCGGAAGUAUUUGAUUGUUGGUUUGAAUCUGGUUCCAUGCCAUAUGCUCAAGUUCAUUUUCCAUUUGAAGGACGUAAAACAUUUCAUGAUACAUUUCCAGCUGAUUUCAUUGCUGAAGGUAUUGAUCAAACACGUGGAUGGUUUUACACAUUAUUAGUUAUUUCAACCGCGUUAUUUGAUCAACCACCAUUUAAAAAUUUAAUUGUUAAUGGAAUUGUUCUAGCAAGUAAUGGAGAAAAAAUGUCAAAACGAUUGAAAAAUUAUCCUGAUCCAAGGGACAUUUUUGAAGCACAAGGAGCUGACGCAUUGAGACUCUAUUUAAUUACAUCACCUGUCGUACGUGGUGAAUCAUUGAAAUUCAAAGAAGAAGGUGUUCGUGAUGUUGUUAAAGAUGUCUUUUUACCAUGGUAUAAUGCAUUACGUCUUCUUAUUCAAUCAUGUGAUCAAUUAGAAAUUGAUAAAAAAGUUCAAUUUACUUAUGAUGAAAAACGUUUAUAUUCAUCUAUGUCAUUAAAUACAAAUGUUAUGGAUACAUGGAUUGUAUCUUAUACUCAAACAUUAUUGGAUUUUGUUAAACAAGAAAUGAAUGCUUAUCGUUUAUAUACGGUUGUACCUCGUCUUGUUAAAUACAUCGAUAUGUUGACGAAUUGGUAUGUCAAAUUAAACAAAAGACGUUUUAAGGGUGAAACAUCAAUGGAAGAUUGUCUUACUUCAUUAAAUGUCCUUUGUUAUAUUCUUUUAACAAUGGCUAAAUUAAUGGGACCAUUUACACCAUUUCUUGCUGAAUAUAUGUAUCAAAUUUUAAGAAAACUAAUGCCACAAUCAUCAACUACUUCUGAACAAGAUCUUAGUGUUCAUUUUCAAAUGAUGCCACAAUCACAAGAAACAUUAGUGAAUAAAACUAUUGAACGUUCUGUUGCUGCUGUUCAAACAGUUAUUGGUUUGGGUAGAACUGUACGAGAACGAAAAGUUGUUCCAAUGAAAUAUCCAUUACCUGAAUUUGUCAUUAUUCAUAAAGAUGCAUCUGUAUUAAAAGAUCUUGAAUCAUUAGAAGAUUUUGUUCGAGAAGGUUUGAAUGUACGAAAAGUAACAUUAUCACACGAUCGUGAACUUUAUGGUGUUGAAAUGCGUACUGAACCGAAUUUUCCAACAUUAGGAAAGAAAUGUGGAGCUAAAGUUAAAUCUGUAACUGAAAAAAUUCGUGCAAUGACUGAUACAGAUAUUGAAAAAUUAUUAUCGAAAGGUGAAGGUGUAAGUCCAUUAACAGUUAUUGAUGAUGUACCAAUUGAAUCAGAAGAUGUUCAUAUUGUUUAUCGUGUUGCCAAACAAACACAAUACGAAGCAACUGCUGAACAAGGAUUUGUUGUUUUACUCGAUUAUACAGCUGAUGCAUCGUUAAACGAUGAAGGUCUCAUUCGUGAAAUUACAAGUCGAAUUCAAAAACUUCGAAAAGAAGCUAAAGUAAAGCCAACUGAUGAUAUAACUAUUUAUUAUUCAGUAGAACCACAAACAAGUGAAAUCGCUCGUGUUGCAUCAGCACAACGAGGGGAAAUUGAAGUCAUCCUUCAAAAACCAUUUCGACCAUUAGCAGAGAAAGACCAAAGUUCUGUUGUUAUUGAAAAGAAACUCCCGGUGAAAGAUGGUGAAAUCGAAUUUGUUAUCACUCGAAAGUCAUAA